AUGAAAACAGUCGGCAUCAUUGGCGGCAGCACCGACCUUGCCACGGUAGAAUAUUACAAGCUGAUCAAUGCGCACAUUCGAGCAAAGCUGGGAGGGUUUUACACAGGGGAAAUCAUUAUUAAUUCCAUGAAUUUUGAGCGCAGCGCCCAUUUUGUGAACAAUAAUCUCUGGGACGAAGGAGGAGAGUACUUGCAUGGAAAGGCGCUGAGCUUGGAGAGGGCUGGAGCCGAUUUCAUCAUCUGCGUCUUGAAUACGUGGCACAGAGUUUCUGAGGCAUUCAUGAAGGAUGUCAAAAUUCCGCUCUAUCACAUCGUUGAUCCGACAGCCCAGGCGAUACUGGAUCUAAAUCUGCGGACAGUUGCCUUGCUGGGAACUAAGGCCACAAUGUCCUCCAAUUAUCUGCCGAAUGAGUUCUCAAGUCGCUUCGGAAUAAACAUUAUUGUGCCAACAGAAGAAGAACAAACUUUCGUUGACGACGUUAUCUUCAACGAACUCGCUAAAUCUCAAUUCACCGAGGAAUCGAGACAAGGCUAUCUCAAAAUCGUCGACAAGUUGGUUUCGCGAGGGGCACAGGGUGUGAUUUUAGGAUGCACGGAGAUUCCGCUACUCAUUGAACAAAAGAACCGACCAGAGGUUCCAAUGUUCAAUACUCUCGAGCUACAUGCUCGGGGUGCUGCAGAGAAAGCGCUAUUGGAUUAG